AUGCCUCAGGGAAGGGGUGAACACAGUGAGGGAGAUCCACGCUGCAUCAUCAAUUCCAUGAACGAAGACAAGGAGCCUCAUGGCUACCUCAUCCACGCCAACUGCUGGACGUUUAUCGAGCAGAUGAUCGGCCCGCGCGCAGAACAGCAUCUCGAGCUCUUCCUUCGCGUGCUGCGGAUCCGGUGGCAGGAGAAUCCGUUCGAGCUGAGCAGAUACGUCCGCGUCGACUACGGCGUCGUGCGGGAGGAUCCCGAGAACGACUGGGACCAGGACGAACUGCUCGAGAAAUACGGCGUUGAUUACCGCAUGCCCGAGUUCUUCGGCCUGAGGGAGGACAACCGCGUUUACCACCGUGCGCGCAGCAUGUUUCUCGCCAAGUACAUGUUCCCCGUCUGGGAUCCCCUGGACAUUCCUGCCGUCCACGAGCUUUUCCGCAAGGCCGCCGAAGCUCGUGCGAGGGAAACCGUGAAGCGAAAGACCAGGAAAUGGUGCCCUCUGCUGCAGCUCCCGAUCGAGCACCUGAGAGCCCCAAGUUCCGUGCUGCCUCCCGAGAUCAAAGAUCUGAUCCUCGACCAUCUGCCUUAUCACAAGGACGUUCGAAACGCGCUCUACGCGUUUGGGUGGAAGAUUCCAGACUCCUACUGGCGCUCCCGGUUCCCACGCGACAUCAUCUUCGAGAUUAACCACGAGCUGGAUCCAAAGGUGGAGGUCGACUGGAAGUUUCUCUGCCUGAAGGCGGAGGAGCUCCUGGAGACGUCGCAAAGUCUCCUGAAUCGGCAGCGGAUCUUUCGCGUCCUGGAGGGGACAAAGAAGUUGUUCUUUGAGAUGGAUUCUCCCUAA